AUGUCCUCGUCUUCCAUCUUUUUGUGCAUUUCAUUCAAGAAUUUCCUUAUUUUUUUGUUGAAUUUUUUCUCUUCUGAUUCACUGAGACCGUGUCUAUCGAAUCGCAAACUCUUUGAAUUAAAUAAUCUGUGUUUAUGCUCUAUUCUACCAAGAAUAGACUCCGCAUCCAUGUCAUCCUCCUUUAUGAGGCGUAUUCUUCCUUUACCAGUGCGAAUAUGCGUCUUUCUGCUCUUCCUCAAUUUUUCAAGCUGA